UAUAGACGCAGUGACGCCGAGCUGGCAGUGACGCGUCGCGCGCUUUAGUCGAUGCACGUAUUUACAAGCUUCUUAAAGUGCGCCUUAUUUUCCUUCAACGCGAAAGAAACACGGUCGAUAACACAAAGCCGCGUGCAAAACAAAAACGUUAGCUUAAAUCAUCAAGUUCGUUUUUCGUGUGCUUAUAAUUUAUCGAAUUAUUUUUGAGGUAUCAAUUAAGAUAUCGAUGUAUUCGCAUGACGACCGGCGUCAACAAUGUAGCCAUAGUGACGCGAUGUUGACAGCUUGACAGAUAACAAUUUGCCGUGAUUAUUUACAUUACAAAAAUUACAAUGUCAAUUUACUUUUUUAAAAUAUGUUAAAAGUUGGUAAUUGUUUGCUGAAGAUUUUUGUAGGCCAUAAUUGAUUUUGGUAGCAAAUAUAAGCACGAUCAAAAAUGGGGAAUGGCAUGAAUAAGGUAUUGCCGGGUCUCUAUGUUGGCAAUUAUAGAGACUCCAAGGACCCGGUGCAGCUGGACAAAUACAAAAUAACUCACAUAUUAUCUAUACAUGAUGCAGCUAGAAGACUACACGCAGAUAAACACUACCUCUGCAUUAUGGCAUCCGACUCUCCUGAUCAGAACCUAACGCAGUAUUUCAGCCUUUGUAACGAUUUCAUACAUGCUGCGCGAUUAAGGGAUGGAAAUGUUCUCAUACAUUGUUUGGCUGGCAUGUCUCGGAGCGUAACGGUGGCUGUCGCAUACAUAAUGUCCGUCACGCCGCUGACUUGGCGUGAGGCAUUAAAAGUGGUCCGUGCGGGGCGUGCCGUCGCCAACCCUAAUCUCGGAUUCCAGCGUCAAUUGCAAGACUUCGAAACCUACAAGCUUGUGGAAGAACGGAGGCGCCUUAAAGAACGAUACCCAUCUUUAGCUUUAGCAGAUAACGAUCUUGCAGAAUGCCGUGUAAUGCUUGACUCCUAUCAAACUAUGCUGAGCCAGCGAACCAUCUGUGAAGGAAAAUGCUCAAUGGGUCGAGAGUGUCCUACGGGAGUAUGCAGAACUGGUUCCAAGAGGCAACCACGACCGCGAAGGCCAUCAACGACGUCAAGCGCAGGUGAUACUGCCGGAUUAAAGAGAUCACCUUCGACCUUGUCAACAACAUCUACCGCGUCUGGUUACCGACCACGAUCUUCACCGGCUGGCCUUUAUAGUUACACUGGAGUUCCCUCUCGGCCAACUCGAUCAGCAUCAGGGCUAUCCAUAACGCGUGUAACCGAUCCUGUCGGCGGGGGGUCAGCAAUGGCAGUCGGCGGCAGUGAGUACUCCCGAAGGCGAGCCGCAUCCGCACCCGCUACACCGGCGCUAUCACCAGCGUCAUCGCCACCUGGCUCACCACACCGAGCCCCUCAUAGAUCGCGUGCACUCCAGCGUUGCUCGUAGCAGGCAGCGCAACGUGGUCCCGCGCCCGGCCAGCGCGCUAAACGCAUUUGACGUCCUUUGCAUUAAACGUAACGACAUUCCACUGAGUCCCGUUACAAUGCUGUGUUCAGAUAAACUAAGCGUAUUAUAAUUAUAGUCUGUUACGAAAUGGAUCAUUUGCUCCCUUACAGCUAUGAAUACUUUACAGCAAAUUUUAUCUGAGAGCAAAUUGACGAUGCAUUUUUAAUCUGACGUUUUGAUUUCAUGGAAUGCUAAAGUAAGUUAAGGGAUAUUAGCUUACAUAAAUAAAAUGGAUUUUAAGAAAGGCCAACAAAGAACUUGUAGUGUAUUCGUCGUCAUUUUUUGUGAUGUUUUAUUAUUUUCAGUGAUGCUAGUUCGAUGGAAGAUAUUCUAAAGAAUGUAAUCGAUGUAAAUAAAUACUACCUGUGAUUAUGUGAUUUGUUAAUAAACAUCGAAGAAUUUCUAGAACUAUUUAUAUGUAUAGAUAAUGUUUUUGUUUUUGUUCUGCGAGGCUGAAGAGAACUAUUAACGGAUACUUGGCUUCGUCUACGAUAACAGGACUGGCGGUAAUUGUACUAUAUUUUUAUAUGCAAAUUCAGUUCACUAGACUUUGCUAGGUUGCGUGUCUAGAAUAUAAUGCUUUUUUAUAUUGUAAAUGCACUUUUUGUACACAGCAUAGAAUAGCUAUAUUAUGUUAACA